AUGCACGAGCUUACCACGAUCAAGCCGGUCUUCGCCAUUCUGGGGUCGGGUGCUGGAGCGCUCGGCCGUCAGCCCCCCGUGCCCAGUGCCGCAUACGGGGCUUCCAAGUCCAUCAUUCCCUGGUACGGGGUGCGCAUCAACGCCGAGGACGAGUGGCUCAACACCUUCGUCAUUGACCCCGGCUGGGUUCAGAUCGACAUGGGCAACGGCGCUGCCAAGGGCUGGGGUCUGGAAUCGGCCCCGGACACGAUUGAGAAGUCCACGAGUGGGAUCUUCGAGCUGAUAAUCACGGGUACCAAGGAGAAGAUAGCUUAUAUAUAA